UUUAUAUUUUCAGGUGCAAAUACAGGUAUAGGGCGGGCCACUGCGACUGAAUUGGCAAAACGUGGGGGUCGGGUCAUUCUAGGCUGCAGGGAUAAACUGAAAGGCGAGGCAGUGGCCAACAAGAUACGAAGUAAAACCAGAAAUCCUGACGUGUAUUCAUAUGAACUAGAUCUCGGACGAUUGGCUUCGGUCAAGGAAUUUGUGGAUAACCUUAACCACCGAGAGCCACUUCUUCACGUUCUGAUUAACAAUGCAGCAUAUAUGGGCCCAAGGGAGACCACUUCAGAUGGAUAUGAGAGGUGUUUUGGAGUUAACUACCUUGGUCAUUUUUAUCUUACAAACCUUCUGACGGAGAAGCUAAAACGCAGUGCGCCGAGCAGAGUAAUAAAUCUCGUAUCCGACAGUUACACGAAGGCAAAGAUGGAUUUUGAGGACCUUGCUUUGACGAACUAUGAUAUUUAUAAGGCGUAUGGGCGAUCCAAGUUGGCAAUGGUUAUAUUCACAAUGGAACUACAUCGUCGAUUGUCGCCCUUUAUUGUGCAAUCCUACGGAGUUCAUCCAGGAAUGGUUUGUACAGAUCUGUUGAGGAACUGGCCUGGGGUGGCCGGAAAUGUACUUCGUGCAUGCGCAAGAGUUUUCUUCAAAUCACCGGAAGAAGGUUGUCAAACAGUUGUGUUCUGCGCUGUAGCCGACAAAUUACGCGACAUGUCAGGAAAAGUCCUUGAAAACUGUACCAUCUACAAGGUAAAGAACUCUGCAAAAGAUAAGGAACUUGGCAAGCGAUUAUGGAAUGUGUCGCUGCAGUUAUGUGGACUUAGCGGGCCGACGGAGGAAACGGAAGAAGAUGUCGUUGCAGACGACAAAGAGAAUGCUGCAAACGGUAAACCGCAACUUGAAAAUAUUGGACCGUUAACCGAUGAGCAAAAGAAGGAUAAGUGAAAACAACAGUUGGUGUUUCGCAAGCCGUUUAUGGCCUUGACAUUACUUACAACGUAUCAAAUAACGAUUCUUCCACUGUUAGCUAAAUAGUAUGAACAUAUUUUGAGAAUUCAAGAGGCGGCACGUUUGAUGAUUCCGACAAGUAGCACUCAAAUUAACUAAUUUUUGGCAAUAUCUAAUUAAAUCGAUGUUAUUUUAAAAAAUUAUUUCUGUUCUUAACAAGGCGUUAAUAUUUUUGGCUUUUAUCAAGAUUUAAUGACAGUUGUAAAGAUAUUUCGGAUUUUUUAAAAAUCAUUCAGGUCUAGAUCUACUAUGCAAAUUAAAUUUUGAAGACAAAAAUGCAAUAUUGCAACAUUCUUGACAUUAUCGCAAGUGUCCUUGUAGAUGAUUCUGUUUUAUAUUUUCAUUUUGCAUCACAUGACCGUCUAUGGUUUUGCUGGUUGGUGUUUAGCGUUGCUAUAGGUUACAGUGUAGUGCCUUGUGUAAUUGCAGUUAAUUGUAUAUUGUUAUUAGAAAACAGUCUUUCAUUUAAUCGUUGUGUUCAAAUCUGAAGGAAAAAAUGUUACUUAAACAAAUUGUGUAUUUUUUGUAGUUUUUCUUUCUUGUUUUUGCCUGUUGGUUGAUUUAAUUAAAGACUGCAUAUUAUGAUUAUGUUUUAGCUAUGCCCUGUGGCGUUCUUGAAGAAAUUUUUGCCAUUUUUAAAAACACAUCACAAGAAAUGAUUCAAAUUAAAAAUAGUUUUUUAGUAAAAUUAUUUAUUCUAUUUUUUCUUGUCUUGCCUGUGGUAAUAUUAUGUUUUAGUCAAGUCCUGUACUGUAAGCUCAGAGUAGUGUUCAUAAAAGUGUGAAAUGAGUUAUUAACAAACAUUGUGACGAAUUAUAAGACAUUUUUGACAACACAACACAACACAACACAAAAGAAACUUCAAUUAGAAAUGCAUGUACUUAUGACGUAAAUUGCAUCCCCUUGAAACUGAGAGGUUGCUGCAAAAGAGUUGAGGCAUCAGUAUUGCUGCCACCGUUGCAGGAGUCUAUGCAUUUCUUAGCUCAAGCAGGUGGGGUGGUUUUGACCACUGUUGUUGUAACACCGAUGUAAGCCAAAAUCAUCUUACCUGUUUCGGCGCCAUAUGACAAAAUUGUGUUUAUUCGCCGUAAAACCAAACAAAACAAAUACGUAAACUAUAGUUCUUCUAUUUUUUUCUUUUAAGACUGUAUAUUGUGCUUAAGUUAAGCCCAGAGAGAGAUGUUGAUGGUACAUGUAUUGUGAAAUACCAUUUUAUUAAACAAAAAAAAUUUUGAAGACUUUCCAUAUCAACAACAAAAAUGAAACUAAAAAAUAUCUUUCAAUUUGGAACACUUAUGUAUCAGUAUAGAUUUUGUUUUGUUACGCAUGCCUUGAUAACCAGUAGUUAUUAUAUUGUUUGUUUUUUAUUUCUCUUCCCAUCAAAAGUAUAUUUCGUAUCGAAAAAUUUUCGCUCUUCGGUGAAAUAUAAAUCGUAUCACUUUUGAUUUAAAAACCAAUUCAAUGUAAUCGGAUUAGUGAUGUUGUGUUUAUUGUAUUGGACUGUUUUGGUUGUUUUGAUGUUUAAUCAUUGAUAUAUACAUGUAUAUAUGCAAAUUUUAUUAUAUAGAAAAUUCUGCAUAAAGCAAUACAAAUAUUUUGAC